AUGUCGACUCUAUCCGAACCCACAAUCAAAACUCGAUUUCUUGUCGUAUCGGACACCCAUGGUCGCGAGAACCUCCCCCAUGAACCAGCUGACGUUGCCAUCCACUGCGGCGACCUAACCAACGGCUCCAAGCUCGACGAAUUCAAGGCCGCCAUCACCCUCCUCAAACAACUACAAGCCCCUCUUAAACUGGUCAUCGCGGGAAAUCACGACUUUACCCUGGACAUCCCCAUAUUUCAGGACAAAAUCAACGAAGCAUGGCGCCUUCAGUCCGUGGAUCCCCUAGAGAUCCAACAAGAAUACGGCUACCACGGCCAGGUCGAGGACCUCUUCACGGAGGCACAGAAAUUUGGUAUUCAUUUCCUGCGAGAAGGUAUCCAUCGCUUUACCCUCGAAAAUGGCGCUUCGUUGACUGUUUAUGCCAGUCCGUACACUCCCUCCCUAGAGGACAGCUUCUGGGGAUUUCAGUAUUCUCCCCGACAGGGUCAUGAUUUUGCUAUUGAGCAGGGCGUUGAUAUUGCGAUUACACAUGGCCCACCUCGGGGUAUUUUCGACUAUACACACACGGGUCAGCGAGCAGGCUCUACGGAGCUUUUCGAGGCGGUCGCACGAGCCAGACCUCGCAUGCAUUGUUUCGGCCAUAUUCAUGGGGGUUGGGGAGCGAAGCUGGUCGGAUGGCGGAGUAAAUUGAGUGAAAAACCAUCGCAUUUGACCGACAUUGAUAAUGGGAAGUCGGUCGUGAUCCAGAAGCUUUCCAAUGUCAAGCAGGCCGGGAAAUUCCAGUCAUGCCACCAGACAAGCCACUGUACCGGUGAUGCCACUCCCCUACAGCCGGGUGCCCAUACACUUUUUGUGAAUGCUGCUAUUGAAGGGUCUGAAGACUUUCCUAUGCAGCCAGCAUGGAUUGUUGACCUUGACCUGUUACAGAGUGAUAGACGGUGA